UCUUGGAGAUAUCUGUUUUACAUCCUAUUAACAUCUGAACGUCAUACGACGUUUAUAAGAUAUCUUAUAAGAUAUCUUUUUCCAUAUAUCUUUAAGAUGUUAAAUAGUGACACCUUAAAGAUAUCUUUUUUACGCCCUUUAGGUCAAAUAAUUUUCAUGGUACUAUAAUGUUUAAAAAAUAGCUUAAAAUUAAAUACAUAUAAAUAUCAUUCCCUUGUAAUCGCUAAAAACGUUGAAUAUUGAACUUUUCUUACAUAUUCUAAAACUGAAUUUAUAACAAAGAAUAAUAUUUAAAAAAACAUAUGCAUGCGGAGGCGAUCCGCCAACGCGAUCGAUGAUGCAUAGUACUGAAGCAAUUUUGUAUGUUUGCUUUUCAAAAAAAAUUUAACAAUAAAAUCUUAAACCUUAAUUCAGUACGUAUUUUUGUGAAAAAAUUUUUCGUCGUACGAAAGAAUCGAACCCGGACCGCCUGGGUGCAAGCCUAGUAUGCUAGCCCCUAGACCACUGGUUGGACGCUCUACAUUACGAUGAUCUCGGGUAUCUUUGUCCUCUACAUCAUUACAUAUUAAGUUAAAAAAGGAUACAACAACUCUUGUAAACGGACUGAUACUGUCGACGCCGGCUGUCAGUUUUUCCCUUUUCUGUGUUUCUAACCAGUAACCACAUCCAUUAGUGAUUAGUCCAUUGUGUGUGCGUUACAGUUUAUAUUCUGCGGAAACCGACGGCGUGAUUUUGACUUUUUGUGUAGUGUUUUAGGAUAGAAUAUUGGUUAGGUUCGUUGAUAUACGAUUUUUAGGUUAGCCACUGCGUUUUUUAGUUUUAAGCAUUACAAUGUCGCGAAGUAAUUUACAAAAAUACUAUAUGCAGGCUAAAAGAGCCAAGCCUAACAAUGAAGAAUCACAUUCUACACCUUUAAGCUGUUUUCAUUAUAAUAAUGAGGCUUGUAGUAGUAGCGAGAGUAGUAGUAUGAAAGCUGCCGAUGUGGUGGAAAUAAAUAGCACAUUAACUCUUAACCUAUUACAAUCACAAUCUGUUUUAUGUGAGAGCGAGAAUGAGGAUUCCGAAUUUAUUGAAGAUGUUCCAGUAGAACUUAAUUUGCAACCACCAUUCUCUGAAUUUGAAUCUGAGAGUUCCGAUACUGAUAAUAAUGAAGCCGAGAAACAUAUAAAAUUUAAGUUAGCAAACUGGGCAUUAAAAUACAAUAUUUCAAACGUAGCCACUACAGAUCUACUUAAACUUUUGCAUGAUCACAUUAAUGAACCUUUACCCUUGGAUGCUCGAACGUUACUUAAUACAACAAGAAAUGUUUCGACGGAAUGUGUUCACCCAGGUGAAUACUAUCAUUUUGGUUUAUCGGCAGCCAUUCAUAAUAUUUUUAAAUGUGUAGGAACGCACAGAUUUAAAAACUCAGACCAAAUAAGCUUACUUCUUAAUAUUGACGGUCUACCUUUAGCAAAAAGUUCACACAGCCAAGUGUAUCCUAUCCUUAUAUCAAUUUUUGGACACAAAUGUGUAAGGAUGGUUGGCAUUUAUCAUGGCUAUGAAAAGCCAAAGGAUGCCAAUCUUUUUUUAAAAAGGUUUGUGCAGGAUGCUAUUGAAGUUAUUAAUAAUGGUAUAACAAUAGAUAACAACAAAUAUUUAAUAAGAAUAAAAUGUAUUGUAUGUGAUGCUCCUGCAAAAUCUUUCAUUAAAUGUAUAAAGGGUCAUACAGGGUAUUUUUCAUGUACCAAAUGUCAAAUUGAAGGCCAAUACCUAGCCAAAGUUUAUUUUCCUGAUAUUGAAAACCUCCGGUUAAGAACUGAUGAACAAUUUAGGUUGCAUGAUCAGGAUGAUGAACAUCAAAAUGGUAUAUCAAUUUUAGAGGAAAUUCCUCAUUUAAAUAUGAUCACCAGUUUUCCUCUGGACUACAUGCACUUGGUGUGCCUUGGAGUGAUGAAGAAACUUUUAUAUUUAUGGUGCUUUGGAAAACCUCAAACAAAGUUGUCUGCGGCUGCAAUUAAUGGCAUUUCACAGUCACUAAUAGACAUACGGGAAUGUAUCCCAGAGGAAUUCAAUCGAAAACCAAGGUCUAUCAAUGAAAUAAAAAUGUGGAAAGCUACAGAAUUUCGCCAAAUGCUAUUUUAUACAGGCCCACUAGUCUUAAAAAAAUUUUUAAGUACAGACCGGUACCUAAAUUUCAUUUCGUUACAUGUAGGUAUGACAAUUUUAGCAAGUGAACAUUUUCAACACCUUAUACUGUAUGCUUUGGACCUUUUAAAAUACUUUGUAAAAACUUUUCAGACAAUAUACGGGAUUGAAAAUACAUCUCAUAAUGUUCAUAAUUUAUUGCAUUUGCCUGAAGAUGUGAGACUUCAUGGACGUGUCGAUAAUUUUAGUGCAUUUGACUUUGAAAAUUUUAUGCAAAGUAUCUUAAAGUAUGUACGUAAAAGUCAUAAGCCGCUACAACAAAUUGUUAAACGAUAUUUGGAAAAAAUGUCAAGUGUUCAAAAUAAUAAAGAAGAUAUUACUACAUUUCCAUUAGCUAAAGAUCAGCUGUUAUUGGGCAUUGAUAAAAUGGAACACUUUAAAUCUUUAGUAUUUCAAAAUUUUGUUUUAAAAAUUAAUUUUCCUGAUAAUUGUUGCUGCUUGAAAAAUGGUGAGAUAAUUAAUAUCACUAGUAUUAUUAAAAUAAAUAGGUGCCUAGAGGUGGUAGGCAAACAAUAUUUGUGCAAGAAUUCUUUUUUUGAUAGACCUUGUGAAUCAGCUGAUAUUAACAUAUUUAAAGUUUGUGACAGUAACUUAGGUUCUUCGCAACACUUCAAAGUUUCAGAUAUUGAUUACAAGUGUAUGAAAUUAAAAUAUGAAGGUCAGAAUGUUAUAAUGCCAUUUUUACAUGGCUAAUUUUUUUUUUUUUACUGAUACAAUAUUUACUUAUCAGCUUUAGACAUAUAGGUACUUAGGUAUAGUUUGGUUUUUUGUGUAUGUAAGUUUAGAUUGGAUAAGACAUUUGAUAGUAUUUUGUCAUUUUUACUUUAAAUGUAAGGUACAUAACAAAUUUAUUGUCUAUCUUCAAAGUGAACAUUUUUUUA